AUGACGAUCGAAGAGCACCCAGAUCAGUUUACCAACACCCGCAAAGCGGACUUCAAGUCGAUUUAUAACCAGCCGGACCCGCGGGCGUACUUUCAGGCUCUUGCCCCGCUGCAAUACCAGAUCCCGCAACAAGCUCUUCCCUUCAUGGAACAAGUUUUGAAACUGUCGGCCUCUUCAGGAGUCGAUGGGGGCGAUGAUCUCAAGCACCGCAAAGUUCUCGACGUCUGUUGUUCAUACGGAAUCAACGCUGCUCUCCUCCGUCACGGCGUAGACCUAGACUCUCUGUCAAAGUACUAUGUUUCCUGCUCGAAGCUUUCAGUACAGGAGCAGGUUGCCUCAGACCAACGCUUCUUCGCCUCGAAGCUUCGUCGUCCGGAGGUCGAAGUCCUUGGUCUCGACGUCGCUCCCGAGGCCAUCGGUUACGCUGUGAAAACCAACCUUCUCCACGGUGGCUGGGCUGAGAACCUCGAGACGUCUGACCCAUCAUGUCGAUUCCGUGAAGCGCUGAAAGACGUCGAGGUAGUGGUUUGCACUGGCGGGGUCGGCUAUGUCGGUGUGCGGACCUUCUCUCGCAUUGUGGCCGCCUCAGAGAACCCUUCCAAGUUGUGGAUGGUCACUUUCGUCCUGAGAGUGUUCUCGUUUGACGAGAUUUCCGACGCUCUGGAGGAGAAGUACGGACUGGUUACGGAAAAGGUGCGAGGGCGUCUGUUUCGGCAGAGGAGGUUCACAUCCAUCGAGGAACAGAAUGCUGCUGUUGCUGAUGUUCGAGCAAGGGGACUCAAUCCAAGUGGCUUGGAGGAGGAUGGGUGGUUCUAUGCAGAAUGUUACGUUACGAGACCCAAGGGUGUCGCUGUGAAGAUGCUCGACUUUGAAAGACUUUAA